AUGGCAGAUACGAUUGAUGAGACCACAUUUUCCGUCCGCUUCAAGCAUGGCAUCCACACACUCUACCUCUUCGUCGAUCCGUCAACAUCCAUGGCCGCUGUGAGCCAAGAACUUCGAGAAAUGCUCCGUGAGCGGUAUCCGGGAGGCCUCACUUCAUCACUAGACCCCCCAAAGACCACCAUGGUGCCGGACGAAGCCUCGAAGCCCAAGAUGGCCUAUGGCGUACUGAGCUCGCCCUCCAAUCCCGACAGCGGAUGGAAGCAGCUGAAGAUUGGAGAUGAAGGCACGACGACAGCUAUGAAGGCCGGGUUGAAGACGAAUAGCAUAGUCGCUUUCGCUUUCCUUGAGAAUGAGGACGACGAGCCAGUGUUUGAGGUCGAGUGGCCACGCGACGAUGAGGAGAUGGAAGAUGCGUGA